AAUGAACAGUUAUGGUGAGGAUAUUUACUUCCUCACCGAGAAGAUAACAUUCAAUGACAAAGUUAAGCCAGCCAGUCUACCAAAACAAGGUGAAGAGGUUCCUGUCGGUACGCAGUGCUACGUGACAGGCGUUAAGAACAACAACCAAUUUGUCUCUGAAGGCCCGUUUGCCGUAGUUAACAAUGCAACAUGUUUUGCCAACUUGAAGGGCGAGGACAAACUCCACCAAUACGUACGCCCAAUCAACAAAGCCUAUACUCUCUGCACCAAAGGACAGUCUGUAGAGUUCUGUAAAGAUGGCUUUGUUCCUGGACCGUUGACUUGCAAAAUGGGCGAUAAAUGGGUUCUCCAAGGGAUCAAUGGCUGGUCAAAAAUGAGCUGUGCAAUGAAUGGUUACUCUGUCUUUUUUCGUGUGAGCAGCAUCAUUGACCACCUUACAAGAUAUGUGCCCUAUUUUAUGCGAAAAUACGUUUACUAAAUGUAAUUUCUUUACAUCAGAAAAAUGCAAA